CUCACCACCCAAAACUCUUAAAUUUAGCCAUUAAUAUUCAAGAUGCAAUGACAAUUGAUUUAUUAGACAAGGAUAAUAAUAAUGAAAUACCCUUAAAUGCUACUUAUUCAUAUAGUUUUAUACAAAAUAUUUCAGAAAUUAAUCAGAAUGUUAGAUAUCGACUUCAGGAAGAGUGUAAAUCACUUUUCCUUAGAACGAGGAAUAAUACAAAUGCAUUAUAUGAAGAAUUAAUCAUGAAAGUAUGCAAAAUUUCCAAAAGCGACUAUUGCAUAUCAUCAUUAGUAAAGGAUGUAGGUGGCUGGGAUGAAGAAGAAGAAUCGUUUACUACUGACUUAUUGGAAUUUAUUAAUGAAGACAUGUAG